GCGGCCGGCCCCGGCGUUCCCGGGUCGGCUUGGGGCGGCGGGCUGCAAGCAGGCGAGCGCGGCGGGCAGGGGCCCCCGAGUCAUGGCCUGACCCCGGCCCCUCCCCCACUCCGCCGCCCCCCGAGCCGGCCCCCCCGCGGGGCUAGCGUGCGCGCGGCGGCUCCGAGGGGGCGGCCGCUGGGAAUGGCUGCGCCCCCUCCGGCUCCCGUGCCGCGCUCGCCCUUUUACCUGAGGAGGCCGGCGCCCGGCCCGCAGUGCUCAUGGGGCAUGGAGGAGAGAGCGGCGGCGGGCGCGCGCUGCCGGGAGCCGCCGGGCCCCCUGCGGGCCGCCGCGGUCCCCUGCUUCGGGAUCUCCGUGCACCAGGACGACAUCCUGCCCGGCGCCCUGCGCCUCAUCCGGGAGCUGCGACCGCACUGGGAGCCCGAGCAAGUUCGGACCAAGCGCUUCACUGAUGGCAUCACCAACAAGCUGGUGGCUUGCUACGUGGAGGAGGACAUGCGGGACUGUGUGCUGGUCCGGGUGUACGGGGAGCGGACGGAGUUGCUGGUAGACCGGGAGAACGAGGUCAGAAACUUCCAGCUGCUGCGAGCACACGGCUGUGCCCCCAAACUCUACUGCACCUUCCAGAAUGGGCUGUGCUAUGAGUACAUGCAGGGCAUGGCCCUGGGGCCUGAGCACAUCCGUGAGCCCCGACUCUUCAGGCUCAUCGCCUUGGAAAUGGCAAAGAUUCACACCAUCCACACCAACGGCAGCCUGCCCAAGCCCACCCUCUGGCACAAGAUGCACACCUACUUCACGCUUGUGAAGAACGAGAUCAGCCCCAGCCUUUCUGCAGAUGUCCCGAAGACAGAGGUGUUGGAACAGGAGCUCGCUUGGCUGAAGGAGCACCUGUCCCAGUUGGACUCCCCUGUGGUGUUUUGUCACAACGACCUGCUCUGCAAGAAUAUCAUCUAUGACAGCACCAAAGGUCACGUACGGUUCAUCGACUAUGAAUAUGCCGGCUACAACUACCAGGCUUUUGACAUUGGCAACCAUUUCAAUGAGUUUGCAGGUGUGAACGAAGUCGAUUACUGCCGGUACCCUGCAAGGGAGACCCAGCUGCAGUGGCUGCGCUACUACCUGCAGGCGCAGAAGGGGAUGGCCGUGACCUCCAGGGAGGUGGAGAGGCUCUAUGUGCAAGUCAACAAGUUUGCCCUGGCUUCUCACUUCUUCUGGGCCCUCUGGGCCCUCAUCCAGAACCAGUUCUCCACCAUCGACUUCGAUUUCCUCAGGUACGCGGUGAUCCGAUUCAACCAGUACUUCAAGGUGAAGCCUCAAGUGUCUGCCUUGGAGAUGCCAAAGUGACCAGCUUCCCCCUCCCUCCGUCCCCUCUCCAUCUGCCUGGCAGGCUGGUUCUCCGGGGCUCGGUUCUGCUCUGGGGUCUGUCUCUACCCUUGGACAAGGUGGGAGAGGGGACAGGUGGGUAUCCAGGGAGAUGACUCUGCCAGCCCCCAGUAGGUGCUGCUGUGACCACAUUGUCUUGUUUAGAGGGGCUGAUGGGCCUAGCUCUAGGGGUCCUCUUUACUGGACCAGACUUGCAGUCAGCCAGAGCUCAGACCACACCACCCCUGGGAAGCCCAGCAUUCUCAGCCCUAGGCCAGGCUGCAAUCAGUCGGGGCUGCCUUAGACAAGUUUGACCUUCCUGGCUUAGGAAGGGGGAAGGUGGGAGGGCUCCUUUCUACCUCUAGUGCCCUGAGCCUCCAGCCCAUCUCCCCAUGGGCCCCCUAUGGGAGGUGUUUAGCCCAAACUAGGACCACGCCAACUCUGACAGAUGGAUGUACCUAUCUUCGGGGGGUGGGGGGUCCUAGAAUUGGGUUUGACAGCUCCCUAGCAACUGCCUCAUCUGAGAUCCCUUUCUCCAAGCCAGAUCCAAUCAGUUAGCCCCUUCCCAAACCUCAGUCCAAGGACUCUGCUCUCCUCCUGUGCCCUCUGCUGGGAGAAGGCAAGGGGGUGGUGAUGUCCUGUGUCCAGAGCCUGGCUCUGCUUUGUGCUGUGCUGGGCCGGAGGAGACAGCGGCCGCACGCUUUCUUCCUCCCCCGGCCUUCCAGGCCUCACUUCCAAGGAUCUCUCUCCAUGUCCACCCACUUGGGAUUGACCAGUGGGAGUCAAGGAGCAGGGGCCAGGGACCAGGGCUUACCUGGCAUGUGAGAGCUGGGUAGGAUCUGUCUGAAGGUGCUGAGAUCAUUGUCUCUGACUCUCAACAGCCUCCACCUCCUUUCUGCCCUCACAGCCCCCCGGGGCCGCAAAGUGAUUCAUUUGUAAAUUAUCUUGAUUUUUCUGCAUUAAA